CCUAUGGGGUCCGAGCGGAUGGAGAUGCGGAAGCGGCCGACGGCCGCCCCCCCGGAGGCACCAGGUUCUGCCCCAGGCCAGCCCGGAGUGGGGAGUCGAGGGUCCAACGCCUGCUGCUUCUGCUGGUGCUGCUGCUGCAGCUGCUCUUGUCUCACUGUUAGAAACCAAGAAGAUCAGAGACUCACAAGAGCUUCGCAUGAACUCAGAACAGACUUUCCAGCCUGUGAAGAAAGCCCAACUCCUACUCUGGAAGAAGUCCACGCCUGGGCUCAGUCAUUUGACAAACUAAUGAUCACUCCAGCAGGAAGAAAUGUUUUCCGCGAAUUUCUCCGGACAGAAUUCAGUGAAGAAAAUAUGCUUUUCUGGAUGGCCUGUGAGGAACUGAAAAAAGAAGCUAAUAAAAGCAUCGUUGAAGAGAAAGCAAGGAUAAUAUAUGAAGACUACAUUUCUAUUCUUUCUCCUAAAGAGGUCAGCCUAGACUCCCGAGUCAGAGAAGUCAUCAACAGAAACAUGGUGGAGCCGUCUCAGCACAUAUUCGAUGACGCGCAGCUUCAGAUUUACACGCUCAUGCACAGGGACUCGUAUCCUCGAUUCAUGAACUCUGCUCUUUAUAAGGAUUUGCUGCAGUCCUUAUCUGAGAAAUCAGUUGAAGCAUAGGAUUUUUCGAAUAUAUUUAUUCUUAAUAAAAUAACAAAAGAGCUCACGGACUACAGCUAGCACAGGGAAUUUAGAGGCAGUAAUAUCUUCUGCUGGAGUGCUACUCGGGCUAUUUUCAUAACAGAUGAUUCCUUCGACGCACAGCUACAUAUUCACCACGUAAGUCGAGGCCACCUUUAGCGAUACUUCUGAGAAAAAAA